AUGACACCCCAGCUGCAGGUGCUUGAGCUAGCAGUACAGCAGAAGGUGCUCUGUGAGCACUGCCUCACCACCGAAGUACCUCCUUCCAUCACCCACCCGAUGAAGUUCUGGUUUCUCUACUACGGGUUCCAGCUCGUACUCACAUGGGUAAAAAUUUUAUCUGUUCCUGCCAUGACCUGCUUGAAUAUUCUUGAAAAGCUCAGAAUUUGCUCCAUGCCCAAAUGUGUCCAAUUUUUACACGACCUACAUCCGAUAAGUAAUGACCCCAAGGUGAAGGUGACCAACCUGCGCUUCGGCUCCAUCCCCGUGCGGCUCUUCCAGCCCAAGGCCUCGUGCCCCGGGCGAGGCGUCAUCUUCUACCAUGGAGGGGCCACCAUUUUCGGGAGCCUUGAUUGCUGCCAAGAUCUGUGCAGUUUUCUGGCCCGGGAGACAGACUCUGUGCUGCUGUCUGUGGGGUACUGCAAGCUCCCUGACCAUCACAGCCCCGUCAUCACGCAAGACUGUCUGAAUGCCUCCAUCCACUUCCUGAAGGCUCUGAAGACCUAUGGGGUGGACCCCUCCCGAGUGGUGGUCUGUGGAGAGAGCAUUGGGGGAUGGGUUGUGGCCCUGGUCACCCAGAGCCUGGUGGGGCGCUCAGACCUUCCUUGGAUCCGAGCUCAGGUCCGGAUUUAUCCAAGCCUUCAGCAUAUCAACCUGCAGUUGCCAUCUAUGCAGAAGAAUCAAAGAAUCCCAUUCCUUACGCUCAAGUUCCUGAUGACUGUUGUGUGUCGGUACAUGGCCAUUGAUGCCUCCUAGCACCAUGCCCUCUUGACUGGUGCUUUUAUACCUCCGGAUGUUUGGAGCAAGUACCGGAAGUGGCUGAGCUCAGACAAUAUCCCCAAGGAAUUCAAGAGCAAAGACCACCAACCCAGUUUUCCUGGCCCUUUUAACGAGGCUGCCUAUCUGGAGAUGAAGCACCUGCUACAGGCAGAAAAUUCCCCCAUCCUGGCAGCAGAUGAGAUCAUUGCUCAGCUUCCAGAAGCCUUGCUUGUGAGCUGUGAGAAUGACACCCUCCGCGAUGAUGCCUUGCUCUAUAAGAAGCGCCUGGAGGACCAGGGGGUCCCUGUCACGUGGUACAAUGUGGAGGACGGCUUUCAUGGAUCUGUCAUUCUAUUUGACAAGAAGAUGUUCUCUUUCCCAUGUUCCCAUAAAAUCAUGAAUUCCGUAGUCUGUUACAUAAAGGGUAUUUGA